UAAAAGGCCCAUAAACACUCCCUUUACUCUAUCAUUAACGUGACAGGCAGAGCAUGGUUAAAUUCUGAAAUUUGACAGUCCCAUAUGAAUUUAACCCUAACCACGCCAUCAGUUUCAGUAUUCUGAGAAAUGGUCGUUGAUCGCCGAAAACCCUCUCUCGGACCAAUGCCGUCUCUGGAAGGCAAAGAAACCCGAGACGACUCGGUCUUGAUUUUGGACGACUCGUUUUUCAAUUCGGAGGUCACCAAGCUACGUAACAGAUGGGAACUCGCCUCGGUUCUCAAUUUCCUUAUUGUUUUUGAGCCAUUGAUCGGGACUGAUUUGAAGCUGACAGCGGAAGAGAUCGAGUUAGGGCUGGUUAAACCUAAUACCUCAAUUGCCGCACUUCAUGUCAAACUUUUGAAGGGGACACCACCUAUGAGUAAAUUGUUGAAUGUUUCUGAUGGAUGGGUGACCGUACUUUGCAAGAAACUUGCCGUGUGGUGGCCAUGGGUUGCUGAAGGAGAGAUUCCACUCACUGCUCGCAAUGGAGAGGAGAUAUCUAAAUACAAAGAACUUGAUCCAACUAGCCGCUUGCUUCUCCUAAAAGCACUUUGUGAAAUUCGAGCAGAUCAAGAUGAUGCAGUGUCAUACAUUAAUGAUGCUAUGAAAAGUAAUAAAGAAAUUUCUUGCUUCCGGAAAGAGAAGAUAGGGGCGAAUGGAAAUGUUUUGUACUGGUAUGAUGGAAAUACAGUCUUUGGUUAUAGAUUGUACAAGGAAAUAAACAGGACUGAAUCUAAAUCAAAAGCAAAGGGGAAAGCAAGUUCAACCUUACCAACUGUCUGUUCUCACUGGGAAACACUUGCAGUGGAUUUCAAGGAAUUCCGUGAAGUUGUGGAUAAACUCUUGGCUAGCAGGACUGCAGCAGAAGUUGCUAUUGGCAAGACUAUCAAUAAUGAUGUCAUUCCUGUUGUGGAGAAAUUUCAAAAGAAGAAAGACAGGGCACUGAAACGGAAGGAAAGGCAAGAAAUGCUCCUAAAUGACUUGAGAAAUUCUUCUGGUACUGAGAUUACCCGCUCAUGUCGCAAUCGUAGGCCUGUCAGUUACACAUUUGAUGAAUAUGAUCGUGCUAUUGAUGAGGCUAUAGAAUUAACAAAGAAAAGGAAGACUGUUGAGGAACAAAGCCAUGGACAGAAGCUUCCAAGACAAUCUUUUGCCCUCGACGGAGGUUCAGACGUGGAAGGCUCUGUCUCAAAAGGCAGUUCAGAUGGGAAAGCAAACUCCUCGGGUAGUGACACUGAAGAUGACAAGCUACACGAAGCUGGCGAUGAUGGUAAUGGGAAGGAUGAUGAUGAUGAUGAUGAUUAUAGUAGCGGAACAGAUGGUGAUGACAGCAAUGGUAGUGACUCAUGCAAUUCUGCAGAUGAAAAUGAAAAUUUGAACGAUGAGGACCACAAGAAAGACGUGUUAAUGGGAUUGUGCCGGAGUAAGAGAUUGGCUGGAGGUGCCAUCCAUCCUGGCAUAAGAACUGGAAAUUUGGGCACAAAGAAUAGGUUGAGGCAAAGGCCAAUGGUUAACUCUGCCCUUGAAAUUAUCGUGUCUGAUUCAGAGGAUGAUGUCCCAUCUGAUCAUACAACAUAAGCAUCGGGAUACGAGGUCCUGAAAGCUUGCCUGGAGAUUACUAACAGCCGAAAGCUUGAGAAUUAACCAAGUCAGCGGAUAUGCAGAUGCUGAAAGCGUUUGUCCUUCUCACUCUUUUUGGAAAUUUUUGUAUAGUGACAAGCCUCGUACCUAUCGGUUUUUGGGUGUAAUUUAUGAGAACCAUUCUUCUUUAAGUUCUUCGAAGUAUCCUAACAUCAUUGCCUUAGACCUUAGUUUGAUCUUAAGUCAAAGUAGUACUAGUCAAUUUUUCCUUUUA